UAACUCUGUAUUACACUUUGUAAUAAGUUAAUAGCUUUCACAGAAAAGUUUUAUUUAAAAGGGAUUUGUAAGCUGACUUCUUACAAUACUUUUCUCGGAAUAAAUUAAUGGGCCUUUAUAAAGUUAAUUAUACACCGUCAGUAACAAAGGUCAACCAAUCAUAUCAACCGUGCUUUAUGCUACGAAAUGGUAUGAGUUGGGAACAGAGGGGAAGCGUAGCAAUCGUAGCAGUAGAUCGUAGCACGCGUAGCGCGCCGCUUGCCUCUACGUAGCCAGUAGCAGUACCUUAUAUGGGACAAACAUUCGUGUACAUAAUUGCGUCUCGAUUAAUCACCAGGGUAGAGAAUGAGCGAGCGGGGUGCUCGGCGCGGCGCAGGCGCACCCUUCUACGCUCCGCUGCGGCGUAAGACCUCCGCCGAGAUCAUCAGUGAAGCACGCGCUGCUAUAUACGGCGAGAUGAGCAGCACGUCGGGAGGCGGCGGCGUGGGCGGCAGCCUGCGUCCGCUGCGCACGCGACGACCGUACACGCCGCGCGAGCCGCAACGAUCGCUGUUCACGGAGCGAGCCAACAAGAAGGAACCGAGACCACCCAGCGGCUUUGAUCUAAAGUACCUGAGCCUGUCGGAGAGCGGUGAGGAGUCGCUAGCGACGAUGGACGCGCGCAUCGCUCACCUUGACGAGGAAGCGCUCAACGAGAUGCUAGCGGACACACACAACAACAAGAAAAAACCAGCGGUCCGUAAAGAGUCUCGUCCAGCGGCAGCCGGGGACGUGUGGGGCGGGUUCACGAAGCUUCCGCACCUGAGCGGACGCAGCAAGCCGCUGCAUCGACGCAACACCACCGGACAAGUGCAUGUUGACGAUAUGAAACCGGAGAUGACGUUAUCUCGAGCGAUCUCCAUUAGACCACUGGGAGACUCCGACGGCAGCGUUAAUAGUGUGGUAAUCAGCGAUGCUUUAAACACCAAAUCUGAUGGCUCAAAACGCAAGCAGUUCGCGUCGAGCAAGGCGACCUCAUGCGACGCGACCUCGCCCAGCCUCGGCAAGUCAGACUUCGACGUGAAACACCUCGCCGUCACGCUGCCCAACUACACCUCCGCUGAUAACUAUGAAAAUAUGACGGUACUGGAGCUGACAGAAGCAUUGUCGCAGCGGUCACGCGACGUGGAGCGAACACUACAACUGCUAGAAGCAGUCAUACAAGCCGUGAGCGUAGCAACGCCCGGCACGAGUCUACGAGAACUGCUGCUACGCUCGCUGUAUACGCAUGCUGACAGCGACGACGAACGACUGCUCGUAGCCGUAGCACGGGCUAUGCUCACGAUGAGAGUGACUGGAACGCAUUUAGCGGCCGCUUGCAAGCUCGUGUUCAAGAUAGCUAAGAAUGACAAAAACGAUCACUUCUUUAGGAAUACCAAUCUGUUGGAGUUGUUGGUGGAGGGUUGCGGUCGCGCGGAGCCGCUAGCGGACAGCGCGUGCUGCGUGUACGGCGCGGCGGCGCUGCGCGUGCUGGCGCUGGAGCCGCGCCUGUGUGCGCGCGCGCACCGCGCCGGCGCCGCGCACCUCGCCGCGCUGCACCUCAAGAUACUCAACAACGCGGUGAGUAAUGCUCUGCUGGCGGACAGCGCGUGCUGCGUGUACGGCGCGGCGGCGCUGCGCGUGCUGGCGCUGGAGCCGCGCCUGUGUGCGCGCGCGCACCGCGCCGGCGCCGCGCACCUCGCCGCGCUGCACCUCAAGAUACUCAACAACGCGAAGGCGGAGUCCCCGCGCUCCCUGGGCGAGCAGGGCACGCACGCGCUGUACCAGGUGACGGGCGCACUGCGCAGUCUCGCUGGCGCAGUCGACCAGUUCGCGAGCGAGUUCCUCGACAGCGGCGCGUUGACUGAACUCAUUAGUGCUCUGUCCUUGCAUACGGAUAGAGAUGUGCUCACUAAUGUUGCGAGAUGUCUCAGCGUAGUAUCAGGCUCGGCAGAAUGCUGCGCAUGGCUAUGCGGCGCGGCGAACAACGCGCACGCGCUGGUGCGCGCGCUAGCCGCGUGUGCGCCGCGCGCUCCUCUCGCCGUGCGCCUGGCGUACACGCUCGGCAACAUGGCCGCCGCUGAUGAACGCGCUAGGAACCAUAUCUACAACGAAGACGGUGCUAUUGACGUGUUCCUCACAAUACUGGAGUCUUACGCCCAGCGGAACCCGUACGACCCGCCCGACGUGGAAGCCGACCCCGACCUGCACUUAAUAGGCACAGAUUUAGGAGGAUCGGAUGGUUCAAACGAAGAUGUUCUUAUAAAGACUGUACGCGUGGUCGCCAACCUAUGUCUAGCGGAGCGAGUGGGCCGCGCUCUGGCGGACUUGUACGCCGAACGCACUGUCAACGCCUUGCUGGCGUGUCUGCAAGUCGCUGAGAAGACCAUACAGAAUGCGGAUAGAACAUUAGUGGAGCACUCGACUACAGUGGAGCGGGGUGAGGAGCUAGCUACGGCGGCGCUGGCCACGCUCAACAACUUGACGUUCUACCGCGAGCCGCCCGACCCGCCCGACCCACUGCACGUGCCCAUCGACAAUAUAUGCAAAGCAACGUGUCGCUGGCUGCGAGGCACGGGGCCCGCGUCUUGCGAGGCGGUGCGAGCGCUCGGCAACGUGUCCCGCGCCACGCGCACCGCGCAACUCAUCGUGCUUGAAGGCGCGCUUGAUAGGCUCGAACCUUUCUUACAACAUGAGGAGAGCAGCGUGCGUUGCGCAGCUGCAGGGGUCCUAGUUAACGUGUGUGGUGCUGGCGCGGACGGGGCCGCCGCCGCAGCACUAGCGGCGCGGGCACUAGCCGCGGCCGCGAGACGCCGCGACCCCGCGCCGGCGCCGCUUCUCGCGCGAGCGCUGUGGAACGCGCACGCGCACGAACACGCGCCGCUCUCGCCGAUACACGCGCAUCUCGUGACUGAAGCACUCGCUAUGUUUAUUGAUGACGAAUCGGUGUUUGUCGCUUGUGAAGCAGCCAAAAUGGAUCGAGACGCAAGUGAUCCAACGCAAACCAUAACAAAGCAUCAUGUAACAUUCGACAUGGAGAACAACAACUAUUCAACUGACUGCGACCCUUCAUGCUACUCCGCCGGCCCCAAGCGAGUCACUCGCACAGACAGCGUCGACCACGCUGACGUCAUACACCAUGACGUCACUUGCCACGAUGACGUCAGUCGUCACGAUGACGUGCCGGGCGAGGACGGUGACGCCACAGGUGAGGACCUAGGCUUCGAGGACGGUGACGCGGAUGAGUGCCCGUGUGACCCCUGCCGCCGCCUCGCGACGUGGGACGAGCUCGUCGGUGUUGCCAUACCGCUCAUGGAAAGAUUACGACCUCCACGGACUGACGCCUCUGUGGGCACAGAGUGAAAAUAGAAAAUUGUUUAUGCGCAUCUUAGGGAUAUAGAUAGAAAAGUAUAUUUGAUUAUGAAUUUUGUUGUGUAUGUAUGUGUAGUUCAGAAUCAGUUUUAAAAAUGAAAUCAAAGAUGUGAAAGUACCGCGAAGAUUAUAAAUACCCGUUAUGAUGGGUUUUGUUCUAGAGUUAAUGGUACAUUUUUUAAGUAGUACCUAAUGUAAUUCAGUAUAGGUACCUAUCAAUAUGUCUGAAGGUGAAUGAGGUAAUAGUUUUAGCAAAUAUCAUCAUCCUCCGAGCCUUUUCCCAAUCAUGUUGGGGUCGGCUUCCAGUCUAACCGGAUUCAGCUGAGUACCAGUGCUUUACAAGAAGCGACUGCCUAUCUGACCUCCUCAACCCAGUU